AUGAGGUUAAAAACAAACAAGCUAUUUGGAGUAUUUCAAAGUUUAUACAACAAACAAUUUUCCACUUUUGUAAAUCUAAAUCAUGUAAAUAUCAAAUUUACCAAUGUACCAAAAUAUCCAUGGCGUACGUCGUCUAUCGUGUGUGUAUAUUCGUCGGAUACAAAAAAAUUCGAAAAUCUAGAAAAACGAGCCGAAGCACUUAAAGAUGCCUUCGAACAAAGAAAAGAGAAAAUUAAAUUCACAGAACAAAAAAUAAGACUUAAAGGUGUUGAGUUUGUGCGAGAUAUCAAACAGCACAAAGAAAUAACAAGUCAAAAGUUAAAAGUGAAAAAAGAUGAUAUUAUUAAAGAUAUACUUGAAACUAAGGCCAAAGUUAAGGAGAAAAUAGAAGGAGUUGUUGAGAAAGAAAAUGUUUUUACUGUUCCUAAUGUCCUAUGUGUUAUGAGAAUAGCCAUGUCUCCAUAUUUGGGAUAUGUAAUUUUACAAGAUAAUUACCAUCUUGCUCUUGGGCUAUUAACCUUUGCAGGUAUUACAGACUUGCUGGAUGGAUGGAUCGCUCGAAAGUGGGAGGGUCAAGCAUCAAAAAUGGGCUCAUUCCUAGAUCCAAUGGCGGAUAAAGUUCUAAUAGCAACACUUUUCGUAUCACUUACCUGUCAAAAUCUUAUACCAUUAGCCCUAACACUAUUAAUUGUUGCAAGAGACGCUGCCCUUGUUGGUGCCGGAUUUGUUAUAAGAUAUAUCAGUUUACCACCACCAAGAACCCUGAGCCGAUAUUUUGACGUGACGCAUGCGACUGCACAACUCGCGCCCACAUUCAUAAGCAAAGUGAACACUGCUGUGCAGCUUUUAUUGGUUGGUACCACACUUGCAUCACCAGUUUUUGGCUAUGUGGAUCAUCCGGCUUUGCAAGUUCUUUUCGGCGUAACAGCUGCCUCAACAGUCAUAUCUGCAAUUAGCUAUUUAACAAGCAAAGAUACAUACAAACUUCUAAAAGAGAAAUUGUGA